CUAUAGCAUUUCUUCCUCAGAUUUUCCUCUCAGUUGCUUCUCUAUUUCCCCCUCCAAUCAUCUCUCCCCUUCAUCUUCCUUCUCUCUAUCCAAACAAACCCUAUCUCUCUCUCUCUCUAGAUCUCUCAUCAGUCACGGCGUCCGAAAUGGACGUGCCGGAGAAUCUACUUGUGCGCCAGAGAAGAGCGAUCACGGAGCUCGUAAACGGCAAAGCCACGACCGUUGAGCUCCAAACCCUACUCCAAAACCCGCCCCCCGACGGCGCGUCCAGCUCACUCCCCGCCGAGCUCGUGCAGCAAAUCGUCAGAUCUUUCACUCAGGCCAUCUUCGAGCUCACUUCCGGCGAUGCCGCGGCCCAGAUUUGCCAGAUCCCAUCCGCCUCCGCCUGCUCCGCCGGCCUCACGUUCGAGGACUCCGGCGAGACUACCGGCAAGAACAAGAAGAAGGGCCGCCGAGGGCGAUACAAGAAAAGUAAAAAUUCGGAGACAUGGAACAAGGUAACUGAAACCCAGGAAGAUGGUGGUGCAUGGAGGAAAUAUGGCCAGAAGAAUAUACUCCACUCAGAACAUCCCAGGUGCUACUUUAGGUGCACCCACAAGAGGGACCAAGGGUGCAGAGCGACAAAACAAGUGCAAAGAACCUCGGAGGGGCUGUACCAGACAACAUAUUUCGGCUACCACACCUGCAAGGAUCCGCAGAGGUUUCCACGCCGGAAACCCGCCGCCGAUCAUGUCUUCUCCGGCGACGACGCUCCAAACAAGGAUCAAGUCAUGCUGGAAACUGAAAAGCAGAUGAAUCUGCAGCAAGAAGAAGAAGAAGAAGAUGGUGGGGCCAUUGAUGCAGUGAAGAAGGAGGAAGAAACAGCACAGAGCGAAAUUUCUGUGAGCAAAUCACCAAAUAAUAAUAAUAAUAAUGAUGAUAAUAAUGAUAAGUUUUAUGAUGAUGAUAAUUUUAUAUGGGGGGAUAUUAUUGGUGAGUCUAGUAAUUAUGAAUCCAGUUUUUAUGCAUGCUCUUCUACUAGCUUCAAUGAUCUUGACAUGGGUGGCGUUGCAGAUUUCGGUACCUUUUUUCCUCCCCAUUGAUGAGGAGAUAUGUGACCAUUGCUGUUGAAUAAUACUGGGUUUCAAGAGUUUUUGUAAAGACUCAUCAAUGUUUCAAUGUAUUUUGACUACUACUGUAUUGUGACUUCAGUUUCAAUGAAAAUAAAUGUUUCUAGUCAUCAGUU